AUGGGCUUCGAGCAAAGCCCGCACGAGGCGGCCAUCUACCGGUGGGGCAAUGGAGAAAAUGCCCUGCUGGUGGGUGUCUACGUCGACGACUUGGUGAUCACCAGCACCAAGGAUGCGGAGGUAGCGGCAUUCAAGGAAGAAAUGAAGGCCACCUUCCAGAUGAGUGACCUGGGGCCUCUCUCCUUCUACCUGGGGAUCGAGGUGCACCAGGAUGAUUCCGGGAUCACGCUUCGACAGACCGCCUACGCCAAGCGCGUCGUGGAGCUAGCCGAGCUCACCGACUGCAACCCAGCUCUCACUCCGAUGGAGGAGAGGCUGAAGCUGAGCCGCGACAGCAUGACGGAAAAGGUAGACGCUACGCAGUACCAGCGUCUUGUGGGGAGCCUUCGCAUUCUCGCCCACACACGGCCGGACUUGGCAUUCUUCGUCGGCUACGUCAGUCAGUUCAUGCAGCGACCGAUGAUGGAGCAUCAGCAGGCCGUGAAGAGGAUCGUCCGCUACGUGGCGGGGACCCUCGACCACGGUCUCUUCUACCCGAGUCCUUGUGGGGCUGCAGUUGGUCCUUGUGGUCUUUGUGGGGCUGCAGUCCUUGUGGGGCUGCAGCUGCUUGACUAG